AUGCCAGAUUGUUCUUCAAAAUUGUCAACAAUAAUCGAUAAUUAUAUUCCAAGUCUCUCGGAACUUGUUCCAGUUAUUCGAUUUGGUCUCCAAGAAAACUUUGAAAAUGUUCAUGUUGAAAUAUCAGAAUGUCCUGAUCUCUCAAAAUCCCCAUUCAAUCUAACUUCAUCUGGUUUUGCGAAAAAUUUAAAAAUCGCAGAAGUUGGUGGACCAGGAAAUCUUUAUCCUGGUUUCAAUAUUGAUCAUCAAUUUGAUUUUGAAAAAAUUGGAGAAAUAUGUGAACAUUCAAAAGCAUCUAUAUUUGGACCAGGUGCUGGACCAUGGCCAAUUGUUGGUGUAAAUUGUGAAAUGGUUGCUGAUGUUAAUUUGAAAACAGGAAAAACUUCAACAAAGAUUGCGAAAAUUGAUGAGAGCUCGAAAAAAGGUUAUGUUAUGAAUCAAAUAAAUGAACCGAAAUUCAGUUUAAUGGCAAAUUUGGCAUUAUCAGAUGCUGAUGAUCGAACUCAGCCUGUUAUUCAUAUUAAAGCUGCAAUUAGAAAAGGACAAAAGAAUUUUACAAUUGCAAUUCGAGAUGCAAUUCAAAAUCAUUUCGGGGAGAAGUUAGUUUGUUUCUUCCAUUGAAACUUUGAUUCAAAAUAUUAAUUUUUUAUAGAGUAAUAUCUCUUGCUGGUAUUUUCAUAAUCGAAAAAGGAUCAGCUAAACUUCACGUCAUGCCAGGUUUUCCUGGAUGUCCGUUCAAAGAUGAAGAAGAAGUAUCGAAAUGGAUAAAAUAUUUUGAAAUGUCUGCUCCUUUAAUUUGUACAUCAGUUCUUCAUUCUUACGAUCCUGGUCAUAAUCUUCGAUUAGAACAUACACAUUGCUACAGUAAUCACGGAGACGCUGGACAUUAUCAUUAUGAUACGACACCUGAUAUUGUUGAAUAUCAAGCAUGGUUUGCACCAGCUCACAAAAUUUAUCGAAUUGAUGAAUGCCAACCACGUUAA